AGGAUGGCUAGCCAACUCCCUGGCAGCAUGAGUGCUGUGCACAAGCAAGGGAUCAUCACACUUACCUAUGUGCUGGCUGCCCUGGAGCUAACCUGUCUCUUCAUGCAGUUCUCCAUCAUACCAUAUCUGUCUCGGACACUGGGCCUAGAUUCUGUCACCUUUGGCUACCUACAGACAACUUUUGGUGUGCUUCAACUGCUGGGUGGGCCUGUGUUUGGCAGGUUCGCAGACCAGUGCGGAGCAAGAGCAGCGCUCUCUCUCUCCUUCAUGGCGGCCUCGGCUCUGUACCUACUCCUGGCGGCCUCCUGUAGCCCAGCACUGCCUGGCGUUUUCCUCCUCUUCGCAUCCCGCCUACCGGCUGCACUCAUGCACACACUCCCAGCUGCCCAGAUGGUCAUCACCGAUCUGACAGCGCCCGCAGAGCGGCCUGAGGCCCUGGGCAGGCUGGGCCUAUGCUUUGGUGUCGGAGUUAUCUUCGGUUCUCUGCUUGGCGGGACCCUUAGCACCGCGUAUGGGAUCCAGUGUCCUGCCAUCGUGGCUCUUGUGGCCACCCUCCUAGGAGCUGUCCUCAGCUUUACCUGUGUCCCUGUCACCACCAAGGAGACCGGUGUCCAGUCAUCCCAGGGUAAAACCAAGGCCAGUGUAUUUGACCUGAAGGCCAUCUCCCACCUGCUACUGCUGCCCAGGGUGCUGCCUGUGUUCCUGGUCAAGGUAAUCUCCAGCUUCCCUUCAGGACUCUUCAUGGUGAUGUUCUCCAUCAUCUCUAUGGACUUCUUCCAACUGGAGGCUGCACAGACUGGCUACCUCAUGUCCUUCUUCGGGGUCCUCCAGAUGGUGAUCCAAGGCCUGGUUGUUGGAAGACUGAGCACCCGCUUCUCAGAGGAAGCCCUGCUUCGAUACAGUGUGCUGGUCUUUGCUGUUGUAGGACUUGGCAUGGUGCUGAUGUCCAAUGUUCUCCACUUCUGCUUUCUGAUGCCUGGCCUGGUAUUCAGUCUUUGUACCCUCAAUGUCGUUACUGACAGUAUGUUGACCAAGGCUGUGUCCGCUUCAGACACAGGGACCAUGCUGGGCCUCUCUGCAUCUGUGCAACCACUGACCCGCACUCUAGGACCUACCAUGGGUGGUCUGCUGUACCGCAGCUAUGGUGUCCCCAUCUUUGGCUAUGUGCAGCUCAUGGUGAACUUGCUUGUCCUAUUGGUCCUCUGGAGGAAGCCACUAUCCCAGAAGGGAGACAGAGCCCACUGACCACAGAGCCCAGUCAGGCAAUAAACUUACGAAGUUUU